AUGGCCGCCAAAGCAGAAAUCAUUUCAGCCACGAGAGCCCUGCGUCCUCUUCGCAAUCGAGUGGACAAUUUUAUCCUUUUCGAAAGUGAAGUUGAGAAAAUGAUAUCCCGUUUGUUUGAGAAAUAUCGAAGCAAUCAAAAUUCAAUCGAAAGGGUACGAAAUUCGUUGCUUGAAGUUGGCUUGGUCAUCGAACAAGAAGUUAUGUUAUGGCUGAAAAAAUUACACAGAAGGCUCUCUCCUCGCAAGAAAGCUCGUGAUCCAUGGACUGUGGUAGUAACAAGGGAUUUGCCAGCAAACGUUUUCGGUUUCAUUAUGGAGAUCAUAAAGAAAGCACGGUCGAGCUAUGGGGUGACCCACUCAGAAAGCCGUAGGUCAGAUUGCAUUGUGUACACUGAAGAGAAUAGACUCAUCAGAGAUUUGUCUAGACUUUGCGACGUUUCCCGGAAUGCAGUUAUGGGAUAUUUUUCAAAGCAAUGGAAAGGAGCCAGGAAAGGAGAAGCGAGAGUUACUGUAACAGCUUCAAAACCCUUUACCAUAUCUUACUUCAAAAGGGAGUCAUACGUGCUGAUGAAAUGCCACUAUCAAUAUAUAAACGAGUUUGGUUACACUUUUGAGAGUUAA